AUGCAGGGUCCCCAUGCACGCCGCAAGGGCAGGAAGAAGGUACCCCCCGUCGACCUGGCUCGUGUUGAGGAUCCGGAGGAGCGGAAGCGGCAACGCCGUCUCAUGAAGAACCGCGAGACGGCUGCAGCCUCCAGGGCGAGGAGGCAGGAGCGGGAGUUGCUGCUGGAGGACCGCAUUCGUGCCCUGGAGCAGGAGAACGCUUGCCUGAAGGCCAAGCUCUCGUCCCUUGGCAUUCCCCUGGACGAGCCGUCGCUCGCAGACCCUGACUUCAUGACCCCGCCCCAGCACCCACACCGCGUCCCCCCUCGCACAGCCUCUGGCAGCCACGCCCCGCCUGCACCUGAAAGUGGCCAGGGAGAGGUCAAGGCGGAGGCCGCCGGCGGCUCGGCGCCACGCACCAAAGUCGCCACGCCGCUCGCGCGGCGCGCGGCCCUGCCCCUGGAGCUCAGCACGCCCUUUGGUCAAGCCAUCCCGGGCGUCGGUACGCGGGGUGGAGUGGAGGUGGCCGGAUCGGGUGAAGAGAGGUCGGCCGAUGGCCUCCCGGGACUCGUCCCAAGCCCGCCCGACAACUUUGACCCGCUUGGCGCAAGGUAUGCGUCGCGGGAGGCGAUGCUCGCCUCCUUCUUCUCCCCGCUGCGAGAGGAGUCUGCGCGGCUGGCCGCCAGCCCUGCCUCGCUGGGCACAACACCGGACCGGCCCCGGCAGACGGAGCGGCAGCUGCACGACAUUCUGGAGGCGGCCGUACACCAGAACGGGGCCUCCCAGACCGCCGCCUCCCUCACUGCCCUCCUUCACCAGAUGGUGGGAGGCCCGGCGAGGGACGGCAUGCUGGGCAAGCUGCAGCCCCUGGCCGCCCCCGCGAGCCUCCCCCCCCCACGACUCGGGUGCGGACCCGGGCUGGCAUCGGCUGCCCGCAGCCUGGACAUGGACCUGGGGCUGCCGGGGGGGCAGCGGGCUGGCCAUCGAGGCCCUGUCUCCGAGCCCCAGCGGCUGCGAGUGGACGACUCCGACCCGGGGCUGGAUGCGUUGGCGGCCGGGAGAGACGGCCCGCAGGCCGAGCUGCCGCCGCUUGGACCAGCGCGGAGGCAGAGUCUGCCGCUGGGGGGAACACACCCGCUGCCCCCGCCCCUCCUCAGCGCUCCAGAUGCCCGGCCGCAGAUGGGGAGGUGGAACCUGCGCCUCCCCCAGUGGCAACAAGCGCCUGAGUCGCUGGCCCAGGAGCAGGAGAAGUCGGGGCAGCAGAAUCCCUGGUCGCCCGCAGGCCUGCUCAUGAUGUGA